CAGGAGGACCACAAAGAAAGUGAACAUAUAAACCUCAAAGUAACAGGCCAAGAUGGUAGUGUUGUCCAUUUUAAAAUUAAAAAGAAUACACCACUUCGAAAGUUAAUGGGCGCAUAUUGCAACAGAGCGGUAAGAGUUAGAACUUAAGCCAAUAUUCACUAGUGAUAAAAGUAUUUGUCAAUAUCUUUAGGGAGGUGGCACUUUUGAAGUAACAAAAAUAUGUAUUUAGUACCUCAAGGAGAAAGUAUAUUCAAUGCAUUCUGUGGUUUGAUUUUGUUUUUGGUGCUGGUAUGCUUAUUUUUCAAUUACUUUUGAGAUGUUUGUCACCCUGAAUCUGGGGAAAAUAUUAUGCUUAUGUCAAGAGGUUAGUCUUAAUGAUAAUAGAUGGCUAGAAAUCAUUCUUUUACCAGGGUUCCCGCGGCCUCCUGAAAUUCCAGGAGCUCCUGGAAAUCUCCUGGAAUUUGAAAACAAAUGAUAAAAUCCUGGAAAACUCCUUAAAUUUUAAAAUUUCUCCUGAAAUGUCCUGAAAUUUUUGUUUCCACAGAGGGAGGGGAAAAAAAAGUUGGUCGCGAUAGUUAUUUUAUAAAUUAAUAUUACCGCUAUAUUCAAUUCGUAGUCUAUUUUUAGCCAUUCAUUUAUCAAAACGAGUUUGCCAUAAUAAUUAUAGUGGUUUCCCCUUAACUGCGCAUGCGCUUUACGAGUUUCGGAUAUGAAAUGUCGUACCGUAAUGCUUUGAUAGACAAGAAGUUUUUUUCGUUCCGUUCAGUUCGCCGUUCAACUAAUUUAUUUGGUAAGUAUAGUGUAAAAUACAGUAAAUAGAUAUUUAUCUGUAGUUAUUUAAAUUUUUGGUAACUAUUAUUAGUAUUAUGAAUAGAAAACUACGCGCCCGAUCGCUGUAUAAUUUGACUAAGCUUAGCCUAAUUUUUUUUUAAAGUUGAAGUUUUGUUAGUUUUACCGUAGGUUGUCCAAACUGGAGAAAGCGUAGUUUUAGUUUUGGGGUCAUUUUCCGAAGUUUUCAAAAACAAAAAUUAACCUACUUAUAUAGUAGUUUUAAAGGAGUACAAUUGAUAUGAAUAUGUGAAUAAAGUUUAAGUCUUUAUCUGACGAAUUAUCUUACUUUUAUGUCUUUAACACGAGUUUGAAAAGUAUCAGUUUUGACCAUUAUAUUAUACGAAGUGUCUACACGUCCGGCGCGCCGGACGUGUAGUGCGCAAGAUACACGUCCGGCGACUUGUCACGUGACCGCCGGACAUGGCCGGACGGCUAGUAGUUUUUAUAAUUCCAAACGAAGUGCGAUUUAGUACAUCUUGUCUGGUCUUGUGGUAGAGUGGUUGCUUGACGAUAGGAAUGUUUGAGGAUCUAUACCGGGGAUAGGGUCGUUUUUUUUCUUCCCAUUUUAAUUAAAAUAUUUUGUAUAUAUUUAUAUUAUCAUGUUCCUCAGCAACAGUAGUUUCAUGAGAAGUUUUUAAAUAUUUUGUAGCAAUUGAAAUAAUUUAAAAUGAAAUCUUUAACUUUUAUUGGUUGCCACACUGGCCCCUAAUUUAUUUUAUGGAUUACUGGUACAUAAAAAAUAACAAACUAAACAAAAAUGUUUACAAGCCACUUUCACUUAAGUUUCUUUUUCUAUUAUUUGCAUUCAAGAUACUCAGUAUCUUGGUAGAGAAAUAGAUUUUAAAAUUAACAAUAGUUUUGAAUUAUUCGCAGUCACGUGACAAGGCUGACCGACACAAUAUCUCUCGCCACUUUGUUACGGCGGUCAUGUGACUUGGUCGCCGGACACAUAGUGCGGGAGAUAGACGUCCGGCGCGCCGGACGUGUAGACACUGCCUAUAUUAUACGGCGUUUUCGCGAGUAUGGUGUUGCAAACGCUCUCGGCUUUUACAGUUAGCAAAGAAGAUGAAAUUGAUUUUUAUUUAUAAAAAUUAACAAAAGGUAGUAAGUAGUAGGCCUUUUUUAUAACAAUUAUAUUGACACAUAUUUUUUUAAACAUAGUUUAUAGUGAGUGCUAGGCCUUUUUGUAAGUUAAGUUUAGUUAGGCCUUCUAAAUAGGAGAAUACUAAAUAAAAAAAGUUAUGUUAUGUUAUUUUUGCAUGUUGUAGCAUAGUUUACGAUGACUUCAAAAAUGACUUCGGAACUUCAUUUUAAAGUUAUUAAAACUAGCUGAUGCAACCAUUGAGCUUCACAUAACUUUACAUAGUUAGUCCUUAUUUAUACACGUAGUUAAAAAUUAAGUGAUGCACCCCUGUGCUCUAGGUAUAGGCAUACUUUGCGGUAUUAUAAGCAUAGUUGGCUUGGGAAGGGGGGGGGGAGACUUCCGAAAUUUAAAAAAAAAAAGUGGUUGCUUGGUCGCUGACCCAUUCCCCUGUUUAAAAUCCGGACUAAGCCGUUACAUAGGCAUAUGCCUAUAUUAGUUUCUCUUCUGACUCUCUCUGUAUUAUUAUUAAUUUAGUACCAGUAUAACUUAUAAUAUAGUCAAUAUUAUAGACCUAAUAUGAUAAUAAAUUAAUUCUAUUUUAUUUCACUAUUCAAGGUCUAGGGUAAAUAAAUGCCCAACGGUUCCUUUGAGGACUGAUAAUUAAGAUAGCAAUCCUGAUUGAACAAGCCAUCACUGCUACUCUAUACUAGAUAUUGACUCUGAACUGAGUCAAUCCCAAGCUAGUGGCUAGUGUACUGGAGUUCUAUCCCCAGAAAAUGCCUAGACAAGCAAAAACAUCACCAGCAUGCCGGGUAGAUGGAACUCGUUAACUUUGAAUGGCAACUCAACUUGGAGAAGGAAAACUAUGAAAUCAAACCCGGAGAUGGAGACCCGUAGACGUUAUGACAUUGACUCAAUGAAAAUUCUGACAAAAUCCUAUGACGUAGAAAGCAUAAAGAGCAUAGUGAAACACACACACACUCAAUCUGGUAAUCUACUGCAUCCUGAUCUAUAUCCAGUCGUCUUGACUAAUCUUACCAUUGAAUCAAAUAGGCAACGACGAGAGAGUGGCUCUGGCGAAUUGAGCAACUCUCCCUAAAUUUCAACAAAAUACAGCUCACGUCACGUCUUAGGGAUCUUUAUGAGUACAGGAAAAAACAAAAAUACUGUAAAUAUAUGAAGUAUAUUUGCAGGACAGUUCUCGGAUGCCAUGAAAAUUAAGGGAAAAUGAUAAACAACAAUCAUCUGAGACUUCCUCUAGUUCAACUUAAGUUUUUUCACCUACCUCGGGUGUCAACUUUUGCAACUUCCUAGUCAAGCUCCUAGGUUAUGUGUAUCUUAGGAAAUAAAUAUGACUUACUUGUGAAUAAAAUGGAUUAUCUUAUAACUUUAUUAGUUGUUUGUUAUCCAACAUCAAGUACAUCUUAUUCUUAUAAAAAACCAAGUUACUCAAUUGUAUGUGAACUCGGGGCCAGAAUAUCUAUACCGGUACAUACCUAAAUCAAAUAAUUGCUAUAGCAUUGGCAAUCCUUAGAGUAAGUACCGGUACUAUAUAAGUGCAUUUAUGUCCUGUUACUACAAAAAAUUGUAUAAGCGUAUAGGGUCUCUCCGUUUUUUACUCUUUAAAAAAUGUCCUGGAAUAUUGUAUUUUCUCCUGGAAAACUCCUGGAAUUUGUUUUUAGAUUUGGUGCAGGAACCCUGUUAUUUUACACAUGAAAAAUUGAAGAAUUAUGGCUGUUUUAUAUAUAACCUUUCCUCACAAAGAAUGUCUGCGAAAUGCCUUGGAGCUGUGUAUAGUAUCUGCAACUUUUUUAAAAACUUUUUAAUAACAAAUCUCUUCAAGGUUAAAUCACAUCUAUAAAAAUAAAGGAAAGUUUAGAUCUGCCAUAAUCUUCAAAUUUUUAUGAAGUUUAAUUUUUGGCACCAUUGAAAGGCACAGUGUUUUUAAAUGCUUGCUUAAUUUUAAUCUUCUCUCUAACGCAGGGUAUACAAACAGGUGUUGUAAGAUUCAGAUUUGAUGGGAAUCCAAUCAACGAUGAAGACACUCCAGCAAUGGUAUGUGUUUACUCAAUUCCUCUUGCCUGAUUUAUUUACCAAAUCUGACUUCAUGAACAGUGGGAAGUAACUUUGAUAUUCAGAUGAACUAUAAUUUUAAAAUAUUUUUUUAAGUUUCAAAAUGUUUUCAAAAAAUCAGUUUUUAGUUUUUACAAAUUAAAGCUAUGCAUCAAAAAAAUAAACCUAAUAAAGAGCAAAUAACAUUUCCUAACCCCAUGUUUGCACUUUUUUUGCAAAACAUGGAUAUAAGUCGUGUGUAUAGUUAAGUAAGUUAAGUACUUAUUGGUUCCUUCAUUGAAAUCACACAGACCUUGGAGGAAGGGGAUUUUACAUGGAUGAUUUUCACAUCAUGGAGUUUUUAUAUGGUAGUGUCCAUCAAUGUUCCCUUUAAGUCUGCGCGGCAGUUUCACAGACGCCGCGCAGCAGUUUUGAGUAUCCACACAGCAAAUUUCCAUUUAAGUGUGUGUUUGUGGGCUGUAAAAUUUUGCACACAACAAAAUUGAUGCUGUAAAACUUUGCACACAACUGUAUACUUUUGCACACGAACCAGCAAACCUUAGAGGGAACAUUGGUGCCCAUUAGAUGAGGCACAGUGCAGAUUUAUCAGCUGGGGCUACUAUGAAGUUCGACUAGUUUAGUCCUUAAAAGAAUAUUAAAAAGUUUAAUAUGCAGAUGUAACUGUAGAUCCUCAUUAAAUAAGGCUAAAGCGUCUUUCUUUGAAAAAAGGAAUUACUUUGUAGAUCUUUAGUAUCGUACUGACAUUUUAUUCUGACCAAUUAUUCUGAUUUGCCAGAAAAGUGUAAUUUUAAUGUUCAUUUAUGUUUUACGGUAUUUGUUAAAUUUGGUCACUGUUCUUUCAUGUUCCCACAUAAUUUUACUCCAAAGAGAUUAUAAAUGUAAACGAUAUUAUUCAUUUUCAGUUGGAAAUGGAGGAUGGUGACUCUAUCGAUGUUUUCCAACAACAAACAGGGGGUAACUUGUCCUGGCUCUGGUAAAAACUACACAUACUGAGGCAUUGAAUUUGGAAAAACAUUUGAAGCAACUGACAUAAACUUUUAAGAAUGUGCUUGUACAGUGUAAAGGAAUGAAGGAAGAAAUGUGUUUUUUUAUUACGUUGAAUGUUUUUUUGAUCAAUGUUGGAUACCUCAGCAUGAAAAAUGGAUUCAAAAUAUAAUGCAGUUAAUAUAAACUACAGUGUAGCAGAUAUUCUCUGGUCAUGUUGAUGAUCAUUUAAAGAAAAUUACAGUGGAAUUCCCAAGCCUAAUUUUCUUCACAAUAUAAUUAUCUUUUUUUCAUGCUGAGCACUGUUGUCUUUUACUGUUAUCAUCUUUAUAUUCAUUUUGUAAAAUUCAUUAUCAUGAAUAUCUCAUAUUUUGCAAUUAGGACUUUAAUUAUUUGCAAAGAUCAUUCAAAGAUCAUUUUAAUUUUCUUAGGCCAACGGAAGUCAAUUUAUUACUUUUGGAAUUAAAAUUUCUAUCAUUAUCAUUGAUUUUCAUAAAAAAAUAUUCAUCCUUCCUGAUUUUAUUUAAUCACUAGUUAACCUAAUAUGAAUCAACAUUGUGAAAAAAAAAUAAAUUGAGUAAAACCUCAAAUUGUUUUCUUCUGUUUAUAAAUAUAUGACAAUUUACAUUUAACAUUGAAAUGAAUUUAAAAAAUGAAACAGUUUACCUUAAUUUAAACUGAAUGGUUUUCUAAUGCAUAGCUCUGCACAAGUGUGCCACAGAUAAGUCUCUCAAAGAGAAGGAAAUCCCAAAAUUUAGGGUGGUAAAUAAAUAUAAAAGUGUGUUCAUAAAGUAUAAAGUGGACAAUAAUUAGCUUUAACACAGCAGUCCAACCUCUCCUGUCAAAAAACAAAGGUGCACUUUUAAUUUUGGUGAAUUGCAUGGUUCUGAUUAUUCUAUAGAUUCUAAGUCAAUUGAUUCACCUUCUGAAGUAAAAAAAAAAAAAUGGACAUGACAUUGACAUAACAGUACUAACAAAGGCGAACAUAAUUCUCAAAGAAUUGUAGUUAAAGCUUAAGCAGAUGUAAAAAAGAGAACAGUCUGUCAUAGUUUUGGAAUCUAGUUUAAGUUAGGUUGUUGGAAUUAGAUACAGGUAUGUUUGUUUAUUAAACGUGCAAGCCUGAACAUCAUUUGAUUAUUUAAUUGAGCCUAGUACUAAUAGUAGUACUAGUAUGUUAAAGUAUUUAUUUCAUCAAAGUUUAAAAGCCGCAUAAUUCUUAGAUAUUGUAGCUUCUGCUGACUGCACCAGAAUAAAAAUUACUAGCUAUUUCAAUUGCUGCAGUCUUUAACAUUCUUGGUACUGGUACAGAUUUGUUCUCAACUGUCGCCAGAUGAACUUAUCUUUGAGCAUCUGAUUGAUCUAAAAUUAAAAUGCUAUUUUGGAAUGGGAAUUUUGAAUUCUACCCUUCAAUUAAUUAAAUGGUUAUAACUUUCAUGGAGGAAAAAAAUGAGUUUAUGACCUGAAAUCGAACAAUAUAUUUUUUUGUUCAUGUGGUGCGUUAAGCCAAUUAUAAAAGCUACACUGGCUAAUAAAAAUUUCACAAGGUACUUUAAUGUACUCAAGACCUGUUUACUCUUAUGAUUUUGGUGUACAACGUACGAUUUUGGGGUGUACGGUAUACAUUAUAUAUACUGAAUGUUUUUUCUUUCUAUUAAGAAUAUGUAUUGAACUAUUUUGUAAUGAUAUUGUACGAUUUUGAGGGUAAACAGGUCUGGUACUCUGAACUUGCAUAUUUUUCUUUUGGUACCAGUACUGUUAUGCCACAGCUUUCUGGGAAG